UCUAGUUCUAUCAAUAAGCUUCAAGCUUCUGAUCAUGGAGAAAGUGGAACCAAAACAAAUUUGAUGUUGAUAUGCCUAUGAAAAUUCCAGUAUUACCAGAAAAUCAUUAUACAUUAUAAUAUAAACGGAUAAGGCGGCUCUUGAGUAAUCCGAAGAGCCGGUUUUCUGUCUACCGUUGAUCUUUGCAAGAUCAUCCGAUCAGAUUUGUGCAAGCGACUCACUGGGACGAGUGGGCAAGAGGGUACAGCUUAUCUGUCAGACUGCACAGGUGUGUGAACGCAUGGAGCCAAAGCAAGCAGCGAAAUUUCUGAUAAUAAAGACUUGCAUUUUCAUUAUUAUUGACAUUGUUUCCCAGAGCAACAAGAAUCCAAUGGAGAAAAAUAAUGUAUUAGCUGAUCUUUGGAUGUGGAGUUGAUCAUUGUAUCCAGAUUUUACUUAUGUGAUAUGAUUGAUUCAAUUCGAAAUAAUUAUCUGGCUAAAAUAAGAUCGACUUUACCAAAAAAAGAAAAAUUGUAUUAGCCUGUUGAUCGUAUGAAAAUUUUAUGCAGAACUGAAAUGGAUUCAAAAAUUUCACAAGUUCUUACAUUACAUAUCCUCCCCACCAUUUUCAACAAUCCAUUUUACCCGUAUCACCACCAACUUUGAUCCAUCGACAAGUUCACUUCCACUACCACGAGAAGCAUCAAACUCAUCGUCUCCACCACCACUAAUAUCUAUUCCACCCAAAAGUUUUAGCAUUUACUCCACCAAAGAAUUCCCUUUCACCACCAAUGGCUGUUUCCCCAGCAAAUCCUCCACCACCAAGUUCAUUUUGAGUCAAAAGAAUGGAAUUUUCAGGUUGCAUGGGUGUUGGCUGAAUUGAUUUCUGAUGUGUGGGCUGAUUUUCCAAAAAUUUUGUAAGUGGCAGUGGAAGGUCAUUUUGCCUUUUUCAUUUCCGUGUAAAAUUAUUUUUUUAUCCGUUCACAUAAUUAUUUUUUUUUACCGAAAGUUAAUGACGGAUUGAUAAAUAGAUUUUUCAAAUCGUCGCUUCGGUGAGAAGUAUCAUUAGGCCUAUUAUUGAGACAAAUUAAAGAGUGUGGGCAGAAUAUAAUAGACAUUACAAACAAGAAAUUCCAGGAAAAGAAAAAGUUGAUUCACUGUCUUCCAAUCUAAAAUCAACAAGGUCGGAGCCUCAACUGAAACGUAUGAGUGCAUAAAUGGAGGAAGAUUCCAGUCAAAUGGAAAAGGCAACACCAGCCCACAUGGAAGCUGAAGCUAACGAAGUAAAAACAGACCCGGAGGGCAACUCAUUACAUCAACCCCUCCUGAAAAGAACCAGAACGUUAUCUUCAAAUCCACUUGCCCUGGUUGGAGCCAAAGUGUCCCAUAUAGAAAGCCUGAACCAUGAGAUCAAUGAGAAUGAUCUCUUCAAGCAUGUGAGAAGAAGAUCAAAAGCACAGGUGUUGCAGUAUAUAUUCUUGAAAUGGGCACUGGCAUGCCUUGUUGGAUUGUUAACAGGCUUAAUUGCCACCCUCAUCAAUCUUGCAGUUGAGAACAUUGCUGGAUACAAGCUUCUUGCUGUUGUAAACUUUAUACAGAAGGACAGAUACAUAGCAGGGUUCAUCUUUUUCACAGGGACCAAUUUUUUUCUAACGUUGAGUGCUUGUGUUCUCUGUGUAUUUUUUGCACCAACUGCAGCUGGUCCCGGAAUUCCUGAAAUUAAAGCUUAUCUUAAUGGAGUUGACACUCCAAAAAUGUUUGGUGCUACAUCAUUGAUUGUUAAGAUCAUUGGAAGCAUUGGAGCAGUCUCGGCAGGACUAGAUUUAGGAAAAGAAGGGCCUCUGGUGCAUAUUGGCACUUGCAUUGCUUCAUUACUGGCUCGAGGGGGGCCUGAUAACUACCGUAUAAAAUGGAGUUGGAUUCGCUAUUUCAACAAUGAUCAAGACCGGCGUGAUCUCAUCACCUGCCGUGCAUCCUCAGGCGUAUGUGCAGCUUUCUGGGAGCCAGUGGUUGGUGUUUUGUUUGCUCUUGAAGAGGUGGCCACAUGGUGGAGAAGUGCCCUUCUUUGGAGAACUUUCUUUAGUACAGCAGUAGUGGUGGUGGUGCUCAGGGCUUUCAUUGAAAUUUGCAAUUCUGGAAUAUGCGGGCUCUUUGGCACAGGGGGACUCAUCAUGUUUGAUGUGAGCAAUGUUAAAUUUAGAUAUCUUGUAAUGGACAUCAUCCCUGUAACUGUCAUUGGCAUUAUUGGUGGAGUUUUGGGAAGCCUCUACAACCAUUUUCUGCACAAAGUCCUCCGACUUUACAGUCUCAUUAAUCAAUCAGAAGGGAAAAAUACAAAAGCUACUGCUUAGUCUCUCUGUCUCACUCUUCACUUCAGUGUGCCUAUAUUGUCUCCCAUUUCUUGCCAAAGCCCGCAAUCCCUCCGUUUCCGAAACCUGCCCCACAAAUGGACGAUCCCGAAACUUCAAGCAAAUCAACUGCCCAGAUGGCUAUUACAAUGACCUAGCUACUCUUCUCCUCACUACCAAUGAUGAUGCUGUCCGAAACAUGUCCUCCUCAAAUACAACAACUGAAUUUCACAUAACUUCUCUCCUAAUUUUCUUUGCACUGUAUUGCAUCUUAGGACUUUUUACCCUUGGCAUUGCUGUGCCUUCUGGGCUCUUCCUCCCUAUCAUUUUGAUGGGGUCAGCCUAUGGCUGUCUGCUUGGCAUUGCCAUGGGAUCCUAUACCAAGAUUGACCAGGGGCUCUAUGCUGUUCUUGGUGCUGCCUCCCUAAUGGCUGGCUCAAUGAGGAUGACUGUCUCACUUUGUGUAAUAUUCCUAGAACUAACCAACAAUCUUCUGUUACUUCCAAUGACAAUGAUUGUUCUUCUUGUUCUUCUGAUAGGUUGGAGACAGCUUCAAUCCAAGCAUAUACGAAAUCAUAUUGGAACUGAAAGGCCUACCUUUCUUGGAUGCAAAUCCAGAGACAUGGAUGAGAAAUCUCACAGUUGGAGAGCUUGCUGAUGCCAAGCCACAAGUGAUUACCCUUUCUCGAAUAGAGAAGGUGUCCCGCAUUGUUGAAGUACCGAAAAAUACAACACAUAACGCCUUUCCCGUAAUAGAUGAUGGAGUGGUGCCACCAACAGGACUAGCCACUAGGGCCUCAGAGCUGCAUGGAUUGAUCCUGAGAGCUCACCUUGUUCAAGCACUGAAGAAGAAAUGGUUCCUGCUGGAGAAAAGGACAGAGUGGGAAGUGAGGGAGAAGUUCACAUGGGUAGAGCUUGCUGAGAGUGAGAGGAAGAUAGAGGGAGUCUCCGUGACACGCGAUGAAAUGGAAAUGUAUGUUGAUUUGCAUCCUCUUACCAAUACUACUCCGUAUAUGGUGAUGGAAAGCAUGUCAGUGGAGAAAGCAUGAGUGCCUUUCCGGCAAGUAGGACUCCGCCAUAUGCUCAUCAUCCCCAAGUAUGAAGCAGCAGGGGCGUCUCCAGUGGUAGGGAUCUUGCCCAGGCAAGAUUUAGGGGCUUACAACAUUUUGGCUGCUUUUCCUUAUCUGGCAAAAUCUAGAGAAGCAGAAAGGCACUGAAGAAGAACAGAGAUGUAAAAGUUUGCACCGUUUCUUUCCAUACGUAUUUCAAUCAAAUGAGCACAUAUUGUUUUACAGAAGAACAGAAAGAUGCUAUACAUCUUUUUCCCUGUUAUGAACUUCUGUUACAGUUCA